AUGCGAGCAGCAGCUUCCGAGCUGCAGCUACACUGGCUGCUGCAUGCGCGGGGCUAUCUGGACCCCUCGCUGCCUGCUGCUGCUAAGCAUGCAUUGGCUGUAACUGGAGACGCCUGGCCUGCGCGUUUGCUGCGCAACAAAUCCUUCGAAGACCUGCACAAGCUGUGGUUUGUUUUGUUAAAAGAAAAGAAUCUGCUGCUGGGCGAGCGCUGGGCUGCUUGGCAAACAAAAACGCAAAUGAAACAUCCAGAGAGACUCAAGAAGCAGGUGAAGCUGAGCAUGAAGCGAAUUUUGACAGUUUUGUCUCGCCGGGCCAUUCAUGAACAAUGUCUGUUUGCAAAGCGGCUGCUGCAGCAGCAGCAAAAGAGAGAAGCUUUGGAGCUGCAGCGGCAUGCACUUGAGGAGUUGCUGCUGCAGCUGCAGCAGCGCGUGCGCCUGCAGCAGCAGCAGCAGCAGCAGCACGGCCGCAGCAGCAGCAGCCUCGCCUGCCUCGCCUGGCAGCAGCAGCUGGAAGCAGCAAGAGCGCAGCACGAGGAAAUCCUCAUUCAACUCAAGCCUCUGCGAGAAGAUUGCUGCUGCAGCAGUACAGGAAGUUCAAUGGUUUCUUUUGCUGCAGCAGCGAAAGAAACUUUUCAAGUUCUAAUUGCUGCCGCUGCAGCAGCAAAAGAUACUGUUCAAGUUUUAACUGCCGCUGCAGCAGCAAAGGAAACUGUUCAAAUUUUGAUUGCUGCUGCAGCGGUGCUGCUGCAGCAGCAAGUUUUAAACGCCGCUGCAGCAACAAAAGAGACUAUUUAG